CUGAAAUGCUUGCUGCCGUGCUGACGAGCAUCCUAGUUUUUGGAUCUUCAGUUAGAAAUGUAUCUGGUGACAAAAGCCUAUGCCCAGACGGAUGGCUAUUGUCAAAUGAGACCUCGUAUUGUUACCUGACAUCAGAUAGGUAUAUGACUUUUGCUGAAGCCGAUGGUUAUUGUCAAUCCCUCGGAGGAUCACAGGCAUUUAUGAUGAAUUCGUAUGAAUUUACGUUUAUGAAAAGCUACACGCAAGGAAUGUUUGCCCAACCAUGGCUGGGAGUUACCAGAAAUUUGACAAAUAACAAAUGGUACAAUAAUGACGGAACUACACCUUAUUCAUCCUGGUGGAUAGCUGGAGAACCAAGUCUCAAUGGAGACUGUGUAUCUUUCAAAUCAACUGAUAAACAAGGAAUUCGAGCUACCCAAUGCUGGAGUAUCCAACCUGUGAUUUGCAAACAAAUGCCUGCAUUGUGUCCAGAUCCAAAUAAGAAAUACGGAGGUUUACACACGAGAACUGGUAAUAUUACAUCUCCAGGAUAUCCCGUGCAAUAUUAUAAUAACUUGGACUGCUUCUAUAGCAUAACUUCUCCAAACAAUACUUACAUCACUCUUCAAUUAGACCCAUAUCUGGUGGAAAAUGCUAUUGACUACUUGACAAUUUAUGACGGACCAAAUGCAACCUACAAAAGUUUGGGAAAGGCAACUUCAUCUUCUAAACUCACUUUUGAAAGCACCAGCAACUCAGUAUCUCUGGUAUUCCAUACAGAUAAGACUGUUACUAAAAAAGGAUGGCUUCUGAACUGGAAUGCAAAGGCCUAUACGCCAAAUGUAAACCAAAGUGGAAAUGGCGGAAACUUUACAUCACCUAAUUAUCCAAAUGACUAUGAUUCCUAUACAGAGCAAAUGUAUUAUUUCUCAGUUGCUGAUGGAUUCCAAGUGAACGUUACAAUUGAUGAUUUCCUAACAGAGAACAGAUUUGAUGUUCUAGAAGUUUAUGAUAAUUACACAAUUCCUGGAGUCAAUAUGAUUGCAAACUUAACCGGUGAUUCAAUUGCUCCAUGGAAUUGGCUCUCUCAAUCCAGCCACGUUACAAUGAGAUUCCGAACCGAUGGAACUAACCAGAAAAGAGGAUUUCAUGGAUAUUGGACGAUUCAAUAAAAAUAAAUAUUUAUAAUCUUACGUGAUUUUGAAAUUUUGCAAAUGUAAAUAAUUUUUAUUCACGGUCGACCACUAUUUUUCGUUUUAAAAUUUAUUUCUUAACAAUGAAGAUUUUGAAAGUA